GAUACAGCAGUUAUAGCGAAGCUUUUCUGCGCCGAGUGACCAAUCCGGAACAUGCAUGUGUGUGGAGCAUCAGAAACCCAAAGACCAGCUGGAGAAGACAUAUUUGCCUACAGAGGGGGCUCUACAUGCCACCUCUGGCACACGAGCCAUAAGUUUACCAUCACUGACAUAUACUAUUACAAGUGAUCUCACAAUGAAUUCUGCAAAAGAUGCUUAUUUUGUUCACUGGAUCUCUUUCAAUUGGAAGAAAACUGGCAAAUUAUUCUUGGGAUUAUCUGUUAAAAGGAAAACUUGUUUUCUUAUUCAGGGUGUUGUGUCUUUUGAGGACGUGGCUGUAUAUUUCUCCAAGGAGGAGUGGUCUCAACUGGAUGCUGGCCAAAAAGCUCUCCAUGGAGAAGUCAUGCUGGAGAUUUCCAGGAAUCUGUUUUCUCUGGGCUUUAAUGGGCAAGAGAAUAAGAAUAAGAAAGGGGAAAAAGCAGAUCAGAUGCAACCAAAGAGUGAUAAAACAAAGCAAUCACAAAGUAGAAUUAAAAAAGGCUUUCCUCGGGUCAAUUGGCUUCCUAACCGUACAAACAUCGAUGCGGGAGAAAGACCAUAUAAAUGCAUGAAAUCUGGAAAGAUGUUUAAUAAAUCCGAUCAUCGUAUUUCUCAGAAAAAGAUAUAUUCAGAAGAGAAGGCAUAUACUUGGAGGGAGUGUGAAAAGACCUACUCAUCUUAA